GACCAUCGGCUACCAGCCACCGGUGAGUAGCCGCCAUCAGGAUGAAAGCGGCAUCGUCAUGGACUGAUGUCGUCUCGCCGCGCCGCAGGAAGUCGAAAAAGGGCAGCAGUGGUCGCCCAAGGGUGACGUCUGGGCUCUUGCCAAGACGAUUACCGGACUACGAAGGAGCUGUGAGAUGCUCCCUGAAGCUAUGCAAAAGCUCCUGACCACGUGUAACGAGGACCGACCGGAGAGGCGUCCCAGCAGCCUCGACGUGUUGGAAAUUGCACAUCGGCACGUCGACACCAAAUUCCCGUCGCUGGAGAAGGAGCUACGACGUGCGGCGCCCCAUCCGCUCAUCUAUCACGUCUUCCGGGCCGUCGCGGAGCAGAUGGACAACGAGGUCCCCUAUAUCACCGAGGCCGCCAUGGAGAAGCGCAGCAGCCAGAUCCGCCGGCUGUGUCUUCUUCUUUACGACGGCGCGUUGGACGCGUUCAAGCGCGACUGCAGCCAGCUUCAGCUCGCGGUGCUCUUCUCCAGCUACGUCCAGCACUACCACGAUACCAUGCACGCCCACCCGCCCGGGAACACCGGCAACAAGGGCCGAAGCACGCUCGAGACGCUGCUAGAACGGGGACUGAAUCCGGAUGAGCAAUGGCCCAAGUCCGGCUGGACGGCGCUGCACGUGGCCGCGCAGCAGGGAUUCCCGGACAUGGUGGACUGGCUGCUGAAGAGCCGGGCGAACGCAUCACGGGUCGACAAGCGCGGCUGGACGGCGAGACAGUGCGCAGACCGCAUCCACACACUGCUCAUGGCGCGCAAGGCUCGGUUCGUCGAGAGCCUGCAGAAAGAGAACUGCCAGACCCCGGCCAGUCGGGACCGGCACGCCAGGCUGACGCAUCAGCUGAAGCCCAUCGAAUGCGGCCUCCGAGCCCUGCUCGAGAUACUGAAGACUCUGCGCGAGGCCGAGGACGCCCAGAAGCUCGCCAACAGCGUCGCCAUCAAAGGCAACACGUACAGCAUCAUCGCAGGGGAUGUAUACCACAACACCGGCACCAUCCACUUUGGCAACACAUAUACAGUCACCGCGAAAACCGGAUCUAACUCGCAAUUUAUCAACGGACAUAUCGGCGACCUUAGAGUGAGUAUUAUGAAGUAAAAAGAGUUCUACGUAAUGGUAUUGCGCGCCAACCUCAAGUGCCUAUGUAUUCUACCAGCCUGUUGGCCCCGUAUGUAUCUACCACUGGCAGGUUGGGUCCGUGCGCGCGCUGGCGUUUUGGGAAGCGCUUUUGUCAGAAAGAAAGGGGUUCUGGCCAGAGCCAGAACACCAUCGGUCGGGGAUGGCGGAACACAGCUGAUCGGAGCUGUACGGAGCUGAGCAAAGCUGAGCAAAGCUGAGCAAAG